AGACGGGAGAAGUUGUGCGGUAGAGAACGCGUUUUUAAUUUGGAAAAAGUCGUCGAAAAAUCGUAUCUUAUCGAUCUCAACUUUAAUACAUUUCAAGAUUCUUCUACCGCAUAAAUUGAAUAUAUAUUGAAGAAUGCUACUGAGGCUCGCCAACAACCGACUUUGUUAUACAUCUGGAAGACUAGGUUUCACGUCAAAAUGGAAUUACUCAACGAAGGUAGAAUACAAACCGAUACGAAGCGUGUUGGUAGCUAACAGAGGUGAAAUCGCCGUCAGGGUAUUUCGAGCGUGCAAUGAAUUGGGAAUCAAGUCUGUAGCCAUUUAUUCCAAAGAAGAUAGAGCUCAUAUUCACAGAUUGAAAGCAGACGAAAGUUAUUUGGUUGGAGAAGGUUUACCGCCUGUUCAAGCCUAUCUAAACAUACCAGAGAUUAUUAAAAUAUGCAAAGAUAAUGGCAUCGAUGCCGUUCACCCAGGUUAUGGAUUCCUUUCAGAGAGGUCAGAUUUUGCUCAAGCCGUCAUUGAUGCUGGACUCAGAUUUAUUGGGCCAGCGCCUAAAGUGGUGUACCAAAUGGGUGAUAAAGUAGCAGCCAGAGAAGCUGCCAUUGCGGCGGGUGUUCCCAUUGUACCUGGCACUGACGGACCGGUGACGACCAAGGAAGAAGCCAAAGAGUUUUGCAUCAAACAUGGAUUGCCCGUGAUCUUCAAAGCCGCGUAUGGAGGAGGCGGUAGAGGCAUGAGAGUGGUGCGAAAAAUGGAAGAGGUAGAAGAGAGUUUCCAGAGAGCUUCUUCCGAAGCGGCUAGUGCCUUCGGAAACGGUGCUAUGUUUAUCGAAAAGUUCAUCGAACGACCGAGGCACAUUGAAGUUCAACUUCUAGGCGACAAAGCCGGAAAUGUGGUCCAUCUUUACGAACGUGAUUGUUCGGUCCAGCGUCGGCACCAAAAAGUGGUGGAGAUGGCGCCGGCGCCUCAUCUAGAUCCCAAAAUCAGAGAUCAGAUGACAUCACUGGCGGUGAAACUGGCGCAACACGUCGGUUACGAAAACGCCGGUACUGUAGAAUUUUUGUGCGACAGCAGUGGCCGUUUCUAUUUCAUCGAAGUGAAUGCGCGCUUGCAGGUGGAGCACACCGUCACCGAAGAAAUUACCGGCAUCGAUUUGGUUCAAUCGCAAAUUAGAAUCGCGGAAGGAAUGACCUUGCCCGAAUUGGGGAUAAGCCAGGAGAAGGUCAAGCCUAGCGGUUUCGCGAUACAAUGUCGUGUUACCACAGAAGAUCCAGCCAAAAACUUCCAGCCCGAUACUGGAAGAAUAGAGGUAUUCCGUUCCGGAGAAGGUAUGGGUAUUCGUUUGGAUGGAGCUUCAGCGUUCGCUGGAGCCAUCAUAUCCCCAUAUUACGAUUCACUGCUGGUCAAAGUGAUAGCGCACUCGAAGGACUUGCAAAGUUCGUGCGCUAAGAUGACCAGAGCUCUGAAGGAGUUCCGUGUCAGAGGCGUUAAAACCAACAUUCCUUUCUUAUUGAACGUAUUAGAAAACCAGAAGUUCCUAAACGGUUCCGUCGAUACGUACUUUAUCGAUGAGAAUCCGCAGUUGUUCCAUUUCACUCCUACUAGAAACAGGGCUCAAAAAUUGUUGAAUUACUUGGCGCAAGUGUUGGUUAAUGGUCCUCAAACACCUCUGGCAACUAAAUUGAAACCUGCAGAAGUCAAACCUCACGUUCCUAGUGUAUCACAAGAGUACCUCUCAACGAGCGAAGAGACCAAUCCAAGUGUUCAACCACCGAGGGGUUUCCGCCAAAUUUACAAGGAACAAGGACCCGAGGCAUUCGCUAAAGCCGUUCGAAACCACAAGGGCUUGCUACUUAUGGACACUACUUACCGAGAUGCCCAUCAAUCGCUUCUAGCCACCAGGGUGCGUUCCCACGACCUUCUUAAAAUUUCACCGUUCGUCACACAUAAUUUCAAUCAAUUAUACUCGUUGGAAAAUUGGGGUGGUGCCACUUUCGAUGUAGCUCUGAGAUUCCUUCACGAAUGCCCGUGGGAGAGAUUAGAAGAAAUGAGAGCCAUGAUACCGAACAUACCGUUCCAAAUGUUGCUAAGAGGGGCUAAUGCUGUUGGUUAUACCAAUUAUCCUGACAAUGUGGUCUAUAAGUUCUGUGAACUUGCUGUCCAAACUGGAAUGGAUGUAUUCAGAGUGUUCGACUCGUUGAAUUAUCUGCCGAAUUUGAUCGUUGGUAUGGAUGCCGCCGGUAAAGCUGGUGGUAUCGUAGAAGCGGCAAUAUCUUACUCUGGCGACGUUAGUGACCCGAACAAAAAGAAAUACGAUCUCAGAUAUUACCUAAAUAUUGCAGAUGAAUUAGUUAAGGCAGGCACUCACGUGUUGGCCAUCAAGGAUAUGGCUGGAUUGCUCAAACCGAAAGCAGCUAAGAUCUUGAUUACGGCCUUAAGAGACAAGUACCCCGAUUUGCCUAUUCACAUUCAUACCCACGAUACUAGUGGAGCUGGAGUUGCAUCGAUGAUAGCUUGCGCCGAAGCCGGUGCUGAUGUUGUAGAUGUUGCUGUGGACUCCAUGUCUGGUAUCACUAGUCAACCUAGUAUGGGUGCUAUUGUAGCUAGUUUGCAAGGCACUAAAUACGAUACUGGCCUAAAUUUGAACACGAUUUCCGAAUAUUCUGCUUACUGGGAGCAAACUAGGACCUUGUACGCUCCCUUCGAAUGUACUUCGACCAUGAAGAGUGGAAAUGCCGAUGUAUACGUGAACGAAAUCCCGGGAGGACAAUACACAAACCUGCAAUUCCAGGCCUAUUCGUUAGGACUUGGCGACUUCUUCGAAGAUGUCAAGAAAGCUUACGCCGAAGCAAAUAUCCUUCUGGGUGAUAUAAUCAAAGUCACCCCAUCAUCUAAAGUGGUUGGAGAUCUUGCGCAGUUUAUGGUGCAGAACAAGCUUACCCCGCAAGAUGUUCUAGACAAAGCCGAGGAAUUGUCAUUCCCGAAAUCUGUUGUGGAAUAUCUCCAAGGUCACAUCGGUCAACCCUACGGAGGUUUCCCGGAACCCCUAAGGUCCAAGGUCCUUAGGGAUAUGCCUCGCAUCGAAGGACGACCUGGCGCUAGUUUAGCUCCUCUAGAUUUCAAAAAAUUAGCAGAAGAAUUAAAGGAAUCAUUCCCUAAUGCGUCCGAACGAGACGUUAUGUCCGCUGCUCUCUAUCCUCAAGUAACCAAUGAAUAUCUAUCGUUCAAUGACCAAUUCGGCCCUGUUGAUAAAUUAGACACCAGGAUAUUCCUUGUUGGGCCUAAAGUAGGAGAAGAAUUCGAAGUUACCAUUGAGAAGGGUAAGACUCUGGGAAUUAAAACACUAGCCGUUGCCGAAGAUUUGACUGAAAACGGAGAGAGGGAAGUGUUUUUCGAACUGAACGGAACUCUGCGAUCUGUUCUAAUUAGAGACAAAGACGCAGGUAAAGAAAUGCACAUACACCCGAAAGCGGAUAAAGCUAACAAGCAACAAAUCGGGGCUCCCAUGCCUGGAACUGUCAUUGAUAUUAGAGUUAAAGUGGGAGAUAAAAUCGAAAAAGGAACGCCGCUUGUUAUCCUGUCGGCUAUGAAGAUGGAAACUGUAGUACAGAGUCCUGUAGCUGGUACUGUCAAGACAAUUGAUGCUUCUAUGGGCAUGAAACUCGAAGCUGAAGACUUAAUUAUCACAGUCGAUUAAACUACGUCUUAAAUAUAUUUAUUGAUUUAAUGCUCUUAUAUUUUCUUUCAACAUUACAUAUUUUGGGCUGUGUUAUUGAAAACACUUUUGUAAGUUGUUGCGCGAGUAGUUAUGUUUUAAAAUGUUUGUUAAAACUAUUUGUAUAUAAUAAGGAAAUUUUAAUAUUUUACAGUUGUUUGUUUCCUCUACAAAGUCUACUUUUUCGAUGUUUGUUAUUUAGAUAAUUUUUAAGCAAUAUAUUUUUAUAUAAAUUUA